UGCACGUUUACUUUCCCACACCAAACGGUCACACUAUCUUGAGAUAGAUCAACAAUUGUUUUUAUUUAUAUUUUGCUAAACAACUGAAAUACGCGUUAUGUCUCGUAAAUGUGAUGGGAAUGAAAGCGCAAAUAUUGAGGCAGUGGAGUACUUUAGUGGAAACGAAAAUGAAUCGACACCGAUUGAGCAGGUUACCGUCUCCCGAAGAACCAAAACAACUUGUGUUGUACUCCAGAAUACUGGCAAGCCGAAGAUCAUGCUGCAAUGCAACAUUGAAGGCUGUACGUAUCAAACAAACAGGCGACGGGACAUGCAUCGCCACAAACGCUCCUUGAAACAUUCACACCACGACGUGUCCUCCGACUCGGAAUCCGACUUCGAUCGCCCGCCGUGGGAAUGCAAGCUCUGUAGUUAUAUCACCGCCAAGAGGUUCAGCUUUGCUCGCCACCAGAGAUCCGAACGGCAUCGUCGGAAUCAGCUAUAUGCCUCCAAGGACGAAGAGACACCUGUCGCUACGAAAAAGCCCAAGGAAACAGAAACGUCCCAACCAGAUAUUCAAACAAUCGACACUUCCAGCGAAGACAACAAAGACGAAGGCAUCCUUUACACUUGCACAACUUGCACUUUCACGACAACCAACAAGUUGAUGAUGAAACAUCAUAAAAAAUCGACGGAACAUCUGGAUAAAAUGAAUGUUACGGAACUGGACAACUGGUUAAUAGAAUAUGACCCCCAAGGUGAAGAAAACUGUGAAACAAAUGAGCCCAUUCUACUGGAAACAGAAGAUGAGGACGACGAAGACGAUAUCGCCGUCGAAAACUGCUCUACGUUCGAUUGCAACAUUUGUGAUUAUAAAACUGCCCAUAGAUUUAGUUUCAUCCGCCACAAACAGUCGCGCAAGCACCUCGAAAACCUUAUCGUUCUUACGGAUGAGGACAUGGUCCAGACUGACCUCGGCUUUGAUGCUAUAGAGAUGGAUCCCAGCGAAGAAUUGCAGGAGAUCGUAUACGUUCCCACGGAGGAGAAUCCUGACGAGAACUGCUAUCACAUAGUGAUGGAUAGCGAUUAGUUUUUGCUGAUAAUACCUAUGUAUAUACGUUUUCUAUUUUUACCUACUCAGGAUUGGGAAGAGCCAUAAGAAUCUGUGGCUCGGAGCUGCGCAAUGAUGCAUUUGUUAAAUAAUUAAAACAUUUUUUUAUCAAGUUCAUAAAUAAUUAUUGUAAAUAUAAUAUAUUGAUUAUAUGUAUACAUUUAAACUUAACUUAAAACUUGAGAAUACAGAAAUGCUGUGUUUUAAAAUGUAA